AUGCCGGCUGGAGGAAUAAACCCCAUAAUCCCAGGUUUCGCUCCUGACCCUUCUGCCAUCCAGGUUGGUGAUACCUAUUUUCUAGUCAAUUCCAGUUUUCAUAUCUUCCCUGGCCUCCCUAUAUAUGCUAGCAAAGAUCUUGUAUCAUGGAGACACAUUGGAAAUGCCAUCAACCGGCAAACCCAACUCAGUCUCGCUGCUAGCCGCACAAAGCUGAACCCUGAAGACGACGAAGCAGGCGACAUGAUGUGUGCAACUGGCGGCCUCUAUGCUCCCACAAUCCGGUAUUACGACGGCAUUUUCUACAUUGUCUGCACGAACGUGAUUCAUGGCGCGCAAGAUGGCAGCACAUCGGACCAACACCAAAACUUUAUUGUUUCGGCGACCGAUAUAUGGAGCAAUCAGUGGAGUGAUCCUGUGUUCUUCGAGUUCGAUGGAAUUGACACCAGCCUUUUCUGGGAUAGUGAUGGUCGGGCAUAUAUGCAUGGAUCCGCGGCGCCGGGACCAAUGACCACUAUUAAGUUAUUUGAAAUUGAUAUCAAGACGGGUCAGAAGCUUUCGGAUGAGAAGAUGAUAUGGGAUGGCACUGGUGGGAUAUGGCCUGAAGGUCCUCAUAUAUACCAUAAUCAUGAUGGAUGGUAUUACUUGUUUAUUUCUGAAGGAGGGACCUUUGAAAAUCAUAUGGUUACUGUCGCGCGGUCAAAGUCUAUCUGGGGACCCUACGAAGCGAAUCCUGAUAAUCCAAUUCUCACAGCUCGUGGGACAGAUGAAUACAUUCAACACACCGGUCACAGCGAUCUCUUUCAGAAUGCGCAAGGCCAUUGGUGGGCGGUUUGCCUUGCCGUGCGUAAAGACAAAUCAAAACGCUACGUCUUGGGGAGAGAGACUUUUCUUACCCCUGUGCACUGGACGCAGGGAAGUUGGCCAGCAGUGAGCCGGGUAAAGUCCAGCUUUCCGUUGGAGCCUGGAAGGAGCAUCAUACCUGAUAACGCCGUAGCGACCCUUAGUGCAGAUCCUGGCAUGGACUGGUGUUACAUUCGAGACGCAGAUUUGACUUCGCACAAGAUCGAGGAGAAUGGCAAGGAGAUCACACUCACUGCGAGCGAAAGUGAUUUGUGCCAGGCCGAUACUAGCGAUCAGGUCACGUUCAUAGGCAAGCGACAACGUCGGCUGCAUGGCCACUCUCAAGUUGCAGUUCAGCACGUUACGACGGGGACAUUGCUCGAUGCCGGGUUAUGUAUUUACAAAGAUGAACAUCGAUUUGCGCGCAUAUUUCGUGAAUUCGACUCUCCGGCUGUCAUCGUGUUCGAAUUGGUUAACGAAGCUAAGUUUAUUCACAGGACCAAGAGGAUAACCAUCGAUCUCGGAGGCAACGACGCCGCGCUGACAUGGCUGAGACUGGAGUACUCAGAGACAACUUAUAAAUGCUCCUAUCGACUUGAGCAUAAUUUUCAGUGGACUGAGUUUGCGGACUUUGAUACGCUUGAAAUGACCGGACAUGAUUUUGUGGGGCCUAUUGUGGGAGUAUUUGCCUUCACCAAGGAAGUGGAUAGGGAAAUAGAUGUCAUUUUUAGAGGAUUCGAAGUUGAGUGAGCGGUAUUAGCAGGACUCCAGUCAUUCUUUCGUCUUGCUUGAUCUUCUCCCGUCUCUUUGACAAUGCAUAUAUAAGUACGCAGUCGAGCUCAGUUCCCAAUUGCUCUCACAAGGUUAAAUGUGAGCCUAAGUUGCCUAACAUUGAGAAAUCUGAGUUUCGGACUUGCUGUAG